CACUCUUAUUGUUGGGAGAAAGGGAGUGACAUUCCACCUUUCUAAAAGCCGACAAGAGAAGAAACACGAUGGGAAACUACAAAUCCAGGCCGAACCAGACCUGCACAGAUGAGUGGAAGAAGAAAGUGAGUGAAUCUUAUGGUGCUGUGGUCGAGAGACUGGAGGAUGAUCUGUGCAUUAAAGACAAUGAACUUCUGGAACUUAAGCAUGUCUUCAGUUCAGACGAAGCCUUUAGUAAAGUGAACAUGAACUACCGGACAAAGAAUGGGUUGUCUCUACUUCAUCUCUGCAGCAUUUGUGACGGUACCAAGGCCCACGUCAGGACCCUGAUGCUCAAAGGCCUUCGUCCAUCGAGAUUGACAAGGAAUGGAUUCACGGCGCUACAUCUGGCUGCUUUCAAGGACAAUACUGAGCUGGUCACUGCACUGCUGCACGGAGGGGCAGACAUUCAGCAGGUGGGCUAUGGAGCACUCACUGCUCUUCACAUUGCAACCAUUGCAGCCAACAAUGAGACAGUUGACAUCCUAUUACAACAUGGAGCCUUUGUCAAUGUCCAGGAUGCUGUCUUCUUCACACCUUUACAUAUCGCCACUUAUUAUGGUCAUGAGCAGGUGACCAGACUGUUGCUGAAGUUCGGGGCGGACGCCAGUGUGAGUGGGGAGGUCGGAGACAGACCACUGCAUUUAGCUUGUGCAAAGGGAUAUCCCAAUAUCGUCAAACUGCUGCUGACUGAAGCCUGCAAAACUGAUGUGAACGCUCAGGACAAUGAGGAUCAUUCACCCCUCCAUUUUAGUUGCCGCUUUGGGCACUGUGAAAUCGUCAGGUACCUGCUCCAAGGGAACUUUGAUGUACAUCCUCAUGCCGUGAAUAUCUAUGGUGACACACCUCUCCAUCUGGCUUGCUACAACGGUAAGCUGGAUGUGGCCAGUGAACUCAUCCGACUUUCAGGAACUGAAAGCUUAACCAAGGAAAAUAUCUUCAGUGAAACCUCUUUCCACAGCUCCUGCACUUACGGAAAGGACCUUGAGCUGGUCAAGUUUCUAAUCAGCCAGAAUGCCAUGAGCAUAAAUCAUCAGGGAAGGGAUGGACACACUGGUCUACACAGUGCCUGUUACCAUGGCCACAUCCGACUGGUCCAAUUCCUAUUGGACAGUGGAGCUGACAUGAACCUGGUGGCCUCAGACCCCAGCCGUUCCAGUGGGGAGAAGGAUGAACAGACCUGCCUGAUGUGGGCCUAUGAGAAAGGUCAUGAUGCCAUUGUGACGUUGCUGAAACAUUAUAAAAGACCUCAGGAUGAAUCACCUUGCAAUGAAUACUCCCAGCCGGGUGGAGAUGGUGCCUAUGUGUCUGUUCCAUCACCACUUGGGAAGAUCAAAAACAUGACCAAAGAGAAAGCGGACGUGCUGCUCCUGCGAGCUGAGCUUCCUUCCCAUUUCCACCUCCAGCUGUCGGACAUCGAGUUCCAUGAAAUUAUUGGAUCAGGUUCGUUUGGGAAAGUUUACAAAGGAAGAUGCAGGAACAAGAUUGUUGCCAUUAAAAGAUAUCGAGCCAACACCUUUUGCUCCAAAUCAGACGUGGAUAUGUUUUGCCGGGAAGUUUCCAUCCUCUGCCGCCUGAACCAUCCCUGUGUUAUCCAGUUUGUUGGUGCCUGCUUGGAUGAUCCCAGUCAGUUUGCCAUCGUGACACAGUUCAUCUCAGGAGGAUCCUUGUUCUCCUUAUUACAUGAGCAGAAAAGGUAA